GAAACUGAUUGAAUAGUUUUGUUUUGUUUUUUCAAUAAUAAAGCCUGCUGGUAAAAUAUAGACAAAGGAGUUUUUUGGUUUUGACUGGAAGAACUGCGGGCAACCAGAUGUUCCAGCUGUGCUGAAGACUCUGACAGUGUCUCCAGAUCCCAUCGCCAUCCCAGGAGACCUGACGGCCUCGGCCUCUGGAUCCACAUCUGUCGAGCUCAGCGUUCCCCUCUCUAUAAGUGUGUCUGAGCCAAACAGAGCUGUAAUCAGCAGUGUGCUGAUUAUGUCUUGUCUGUGUUGAGUGAGCAGCUUGUUGUCGUGUGAAGCAGAAAGAGGCAUGUCUGGAUCUGCUGCUGAUCCUGUGAGCUUCAUUGAUGACCUCGGAUCCUGGUUGUCUAUCUCAGGACAGAGCAGGAGUAGGUUUAUGAGCCGGCUGAACGUGACCCUGGAGAAGGAGGUGGCAGGUUUCUGGGUGAAGGUUCCCUGUCUGGAUGAGCUGGGCAGCUGUCACUAUAAAGACGCCUGUGAUGUCCUGAACCAGCUGAUCCCUCCGGGUCAGGACUGUCCUGAACCGCUGCACACCUACGGCUUGCCCUGUCGCUGCCCCUUCAAAGCUGGCUCGUACUCUCUGCCUAAGUCCGACUUCCACCUGCCCGACAUGGAUCUGCCCUACUGGCUGACUAACGGGAACUACCGUGUGCAGGGCAUCCUGGGUAGCCAGGACAAAGAGCUGGGCUGCCUCAAAGUGGCUCUGUCUCUUCACUCUGACUGAACCAACAACAGAAACUGUCAGGUUCAAGUUUUAUUUACUUGCACUGAAAAAUCACUUAUAAUUGGGAAAUGAAAGCAGAAGUUGCACACAGUUCAAAGUCUAAUAAACCUCACAGAAGGUUCACAAAAGGUUGGGAUGACAAUGAGAAAAACAAGAUGGCAUUUAUCUGGUUCUAAUGCUGCCAUCAUUUUCCCGCUUGUUUUGGCUACUGACUCUUUGCAGAAUAUUACAACCACUUUGCAUGGAAGUGAAGCUUUUCCUGUUUACUCCAGAUCCACCUGAGCCACCAGGCAGCAUCUUUUUUAUUCUUUAUGUAUUUUAAUGCUUCACUUUACCUGCUGGUGGCAUCUGAGUGACAGACAUGUGUCACAAGCUGAGAUUUUACCGAAACUGAAGAAAAAUUAUAAGUGCUUCAUGACUAGCGGAUAAGAAUUUCACAGUCACAUAUUUCUGAGAAAAGCUGUUGCUAUGUCCUUUUUUCAAUAUGUGAUCUCAAAAAAGUUUUUUGCAGGAAGUCCUACAUAUUUUGAAACUGAUAAUCAAAAACUUCCAAGCCGCUCCCGCUACAGUGCUGCAACCUUCAUUCAUCCGGUAAAAACAGAAAACUUUUUUUUUUUCAGCUGCAUUUUACACUCUUUUAAGUCUUGCACAAUGUCAGUGGCACCUUGGCACAGAGAGCAAAAUGUUUGGAAUUAGAUUUUAACCAACAUGUUUCUGUUUUCAACAAGAAGAAAGACACUGAACUGCUGACAGUCAGGGCAGUCAAUCCAACAGAUCAGGAGCCUCUUAAGGCCCAAAUAGAUUAAUCAUCACAUGCGUUUUGUUCAGUUUUUUACUGAGCUAAAACUAGAACUGAACUACUACAAGUUACUGAAAUAUAAUUUAUUUGAAUAUAAAAGCUAGACUCCAAACGUCUGUAGCUCAGAAAACACAAACAAAUGUAAAUGAUUGAAAUAAUUGAUAUUUCACCGAACAAUAUUUGAUUUUUUUUUUUCAAUUUAUGCACAAUUGCAAGUGCUAUGAGCCCAAAGGAGCAAAUGACUGAGGACAGAGUUACAACAUGAUAAUUGAAUGAAUGUACGAAAUUGACAUAUUAAAAAUAAUUAUUUUAAGUUUCGUGUGAAUUCACAAUUAUGGAAAACAAAGUGAAACAGUUUUGAAUUUCUUUUAACAUAUAAAUAGAUGUUUAAUACCACUUACAUUAGAAUAUACACUGUAUUAUGUUUCCAGGGCUCUAAGAUUAGUGAAAAAGUCUAUCCAAGAAAACACAAAAACACUAUAUGCCUUUUGAAAAAUCAUUUUAAUCUAUUUUUUAAGUUGUGAACAAGAUAGAGAGAAAAUCCAAGGACUCUAUAUGCCAAGGUAUACAUUGUUUGCCUUCUCGUCGGUUGGAAAGCUUUAGUUGAAUUGUUUUGUGAAUAAAAGUCAAAGCAGAUUCUACCUUCAAAUAAAUCAUGUCUCCAGUGGUUAAAAUUAAAGGAGAGUUUAGGUCAAGUUUGACAUUUGUUCCACUCUUAAGGGGAAUGAUCAAAGUUGAAGAGUGACCAGGAGAGGGAGAGAUUUUAUUGAAUUGUAUUCAUCUCCUCACACAAACCUCCACGUGUCUCGCUGCUGAGUCACAUUCGGGUCCAUCCUGCUGAUGUUUCAGACCACAGGAACAUUUGUUUUUGUGGGAAGUGAAAGUGAUGAUUUGGCUAUUAGAACAAUCUGCUGACUUCUCUGAUGACAUGCUGUUUUUAACAUGUUUUUACAGUAAUAAUGCUCAUUGUUCAUUCUUACAUGCUUUUCUGUGGCGCUGAGAUUU